UGACUCAACUCGAGGAACGAACGCCGUGCCGCUAGAGCCGUCCCGCCGCCCGCCCGCACCGCGCCACCCACCAGCACCUCGCCUCGUUCUCUCCCCUCGGUCUCGUGCGCCGUCCCUUCCUUUCGCCGCCUCGUGGAUCCGAAUGGGAAGGGACGAUGAGCCGGUUGACCCAAUGGAGAUUGACGGCCAGCAGAAGCUACAGGUAGAAGCCUCCACUGCCGUGCCGGAGGGGUUCAACGCCGACUACCUCCGAGUCUACUACGGAAAGCUGUUCCCAUACGGUGAUUUCUUUAAAUGGCUUUGCUAUGGAAAUGAUGGAAAGCACCCCGGAUGUGAUCAGUCAUAUGUUGGACGUCGAGAGUUUUCAUUUACACUAGAGAAUGACAUCUACCUGCGGUUCCAGUCCUUUGAUAGUGCUUCUGAAUUGGAGAGUUCUAUCAAGGAGAAGUGCCCUUUCAAGAUUGAUAUUGGACCUGUCUACAGCGUAGAUCCUGCAAAGCGUCAUGCUUAUGCCCAAUCUGGCAAUAAUGUCUUUGUACCCGUGGAAAGGGAACUAAUUUUUGACAUUGAUAUAUCUGAUUAUGAUGAUGUUCGCUACUGCUGCUCUGGAGCUGAUGUCUGCUUGGACUGCUGGCCCUUAAUGACCAUUGCUAUCAAAAUUCUGGAUACUUCGCUUAGAGAUGAUUUUGGUUUCAAUCACAUAUUGUGGGUAUACAGUGGCCGUCGUGGUGUCCAUUGCUGGGUCUGUGAUAGCAGAGCAAGAAAGCUCAGCAAUGAACAAAGGGCUGCGGUUGCUGACUACUUUCGAGUCUACAAGGGUGGUGAAAACGCACUGAAGAAAGUAUCCUUGGCUGGACCUGUCCUCCAUCCUUUCCUUGCACGGUCGUACAUGGAUGUUCUUGAAAGCUUCUUUGAAGAUAAGUUGCUACUUAGCCAACAACUCUUUGCGUCAGAGGAUAGAUGUCAGAAGAUACUUGAUCUCAUCCCUGAUGAAAAUGUUGCUAGUGAGCUCCAUGACAAGUGGCAGGGAAAUAGACCAUCAUCUAUUUCAAAGGAAGAUGUCAAUGCAGCCAGAUGGAAGCAAUUGAAGACGACCUUACAGUCAGGAAAGCACAAGGGGCUUCGGAGAUGUGUGGAAGAGAUUGUCUUCUCAUACACAUAUCCUAGACUUGACAUGGAGGUAUCAAAGCACAUGAAUCAUUUACUAAAAGCUCCCUUUUGUAUACACCCAAAGACAGGUCGUGUUUGUGUUCCAAUUGAUCCCAAUAAUUGCGAGGAUUUUGAUCCUACAGCUGUUCCUACUCUAUCACAGCUUUUAGGAGAGCUCAAUGCUGCUAGUUUUCAGACAGAUUCUGAAAAUAAUUGGGAAAGAACGUCCCUUGAGAAAUCCAUCAGGUUUUUCAGAACUUCGUUUCUGCAACCGCUGCUGAAAGCGUGCAAGGAGGAACUGGAAAGCGCAUACAAUGCAAAGCUCCAGCAGUCCAAGAAUUCCUUGAAUUGGUAAAAUCUACAUGUGCAGGCACCACACCUCGGUAGGCCGGUAGCCCAUAUUUCCACCUGUGCGACCUCAAUCAGCACCCACCAAGAGUAUUUCAACUGAACACGAAGCUCUUUGCAUGGAUGAAUGCGCGAUUAUCCAUGAUGCUGCCAGUUGGUGUUGUGCGUCCCGAAAUUGUACCAUGUCAGUUCCAAGCUAUAGCCAUCGAGUGCGAUCAGAGUUUCCUUGUACUUGUGCAGGAUUUGCUGUAGCCUGUAGGCAUCUGUGGGUUUCAUUGCUGGUCGACGGUGCCAAAGCUAUACCCUGUAACUUGGGCUACAUAUAUGUUGAGCAAUUAAAAAAAGAGAGAAUGUUUUGGGUAUUAAGUUGCUGAUA